UCACCCAGUCCCCCGGGCGCACCCCACACACACACACACGCACGCACAGUAAACCUCUCCUUUUUCUCUUCUUCUUCUUCUCUUCUUUUUGCAAACUUUGUUCCUUUUUUUUGUUUUGUUUUGCUUGCGUCAACAAGCCAACGCCCGAAGGAUGGAAGCAGUCGACACUAGCGGCCGUCCGUUUUCUUUGCCGUCCCCAACAUCACCGUCGCUUGCAGCCGCCGCGCGAGAAGACAGCAACGGCAGCAACAGUAACACAACAUCAACGACAAUUCCAAAGAAACGGCCGUCAAAAUCCCAUGUUCCUGCAGCAUGUGUUAACUGCCAGAAAGCACAUUUAGCUUGCGAAGUUGCACGACCUUGUAAGCGAUGUGUGCAGUCGGGACGAGAAGAUACCUGUUUUGACGUACAGCAUAAAAAGCGGGGAAGACCGAGACGACGGGAUCGACAGCAAAAUGGAUCAGGGACCCCAUCAUCCUUGGACGAGUCAACGUAUCCAUCCUCAUCAUCGCCACUGUCUUCGGCAAUGGCAGCAACAGUGCGAUCAGCGGGUACACUCGCACCAGGGCUCGUCCGGUCCUCGUUUUCCAUGACCCGACCUCCAGGCGAUCAAGGUGGCGACAAGGAUCCGAUGGAAAAGACAAUGAUCACACUUAUUCUGUCCAUGGAUGUUUGCUGCGCACGAGUGUCAGACGAGUCGUUGGAUCUACUCGGCAUAUAUCCUCACGAAUUUGCACACCGCUCAUUGUACGACUUUAUUCUGCCACAACACGCUGACCGCCUGGCGCGGAUCCAUCGAUGUUUGCUCGACAAUGCCAACCGUCAGGAGAAACGGCUUCCGCCGACCCAGCGCACGACAUCCGAGUGCUUUUCAUCCACAUCACCCAGCUUGUUGACCAACAUUGCCAAUGGCUCGUUGACGCUCAAGGAGCCACUUGAAUUCAAGACUUCAAACGGGUCGCACAUUGAGUUGCAGGCUCGGUUUUAUCUAGGCGGUGGACUGGGCUCGGAUCUUUUUGUACCAUCUUCAUUAGAGCGCCUGUAUAUUGUAUGUCUUGCCACUGCAGACCAGGCACCAUCACAACAGCAGCAGCAGCAGCAACAUAUUAGUUCUGCUGCACCUACUCCCGCUACUCUUCCAUCUGUUGUGGCACCUCUUCAACAGCAUAGUCACCAUCAUCGUCAGCACCAUCCGCUUAUGAUCACCACUUCUCCUCCCACAAUCACAUCAACUUCGAACCCUGUAAUUGCAUACCACCCUGAUACUGUCUUUAAUCCAACCACGGCAGUAGCCAGCCCUACUACUACUACUACUACUACUACCAGCACGUCCAACGCACCAAUUACAUCCCUUUUAGAGCAUACUUCCAUUCCUCCAGCUGUUCAAGCAUUGUUUUGUACAUCCGAGCCUGUAACUACUACGUCUGCUACAAGAAGAACAACAACAGCACCAGCAGCGGUAUCAGGCACCAGUAGCCACGACAUUGAUUACAUGUUAACCCAUACGACAUCCUCACCCAUCUAUUCACCAGCAAGCCCUUCAAGUGCCAUGCUCGACGAUCGAGAAAUCGAUACGAUUGCUAUGCAACAACAACCUUCAUCCUCCUACUCUUCUCCACCACGCGUCUUAAAUACCGCUACCACAACUACUCCUGUUGGCUCACCGUCACCGUCCUCGUCAUCGCUACAAGAAGAUGAUGCUGCUUCAAGAACUUCACGACCUGUUGGAACUCCACGCGUAAAACUACCGCGACCGGAAGAUCGUUUGCUGGCAGCAGCAGCAACCGAAGAAGACGACCGUCAAAGACGAAGGGAUAGCAAGGACCACAUGGCAUGGGAUCAUCCACGCGAAAUGUAUCUGCGAGAAACGACGUCGAGUCGCUUAUUAUCAGCACAAGCAAACUCGGUUAUGGGAAGCUGGUUUCCAUACCAGUCACCUUCGUCUGCCAUGGUAAAUGCUGUGAAAAACACGACGCCCCAUCCAUCCACUUCAUCUUCCCUCAAUCCUGUAGCAACCCAUCAUCGUAUUCCCAGCAUCCAUUCUCGCAUACCAGCUUCAAGACCUUUUGUUCAAAGACGUUGACUCAUUCUCUAGCCUUAGUUCUUUUUUGUAAUUUAUUCAAGUUUUUACUUUCUCUUCUUCUUCCUUUUGUUGUAAACACAGUCAAAGCAUAAAGUAGUACAUAAUCCUUCGAAUCAUCUCCUCUGCCCGGCAUCCCUCAAUCUAUCUAUGAGUGAGUGUGCGAGUGUGAGUGUGAGUGUGUGUGUGUGUGUGUGUUACAUUAUCAUAAAGUUCUUUCCUGUUAUCGAUCAUCAGUACAGAUCAAGCUUUAAAGUUGUAGCUAAUUGACGUCAUGCGCGCACCCUUCUCUCUAUAAAUGUUUGGAAAGGGCAAAAACCGCACGGAAGGCUAAAGAAAACCUUGGCUCGGCAAACCCGGCACAGAUAUCCUAUCUCCGACGACAGUCACCAAAGCGGCCCAAAUGAGUAAAAGGAUGAGAAAAAGUGGGGGUGCGGGCUGGUUUGGAUGUA